AUGCCACCCAAGAAGCUGCCACCGAAGACGACGGCUCAGAAGCCGCAAACACGGACACAGCAGCAACAGCAACAGCCACAGCCACAGCCACAGCCACAGCCACAGCGAGAUAGUCAAAGUGCCCCAAAUCCCAAACUCAAACCCAAAGCCCACGAUGCAUCAUCACCUCCCACUCCUACCAGCAGCGAACCCGCCAUCCCCGAGCGCGAUCUGAAACAAAGCUCGUCCGUGAGCGCCCAGCUGGCCCUCGAAGCCGCAAAGAAGGCCUACGAGCUCCGACAAGCCGCGUAUGGCGCCGCCGACCCCAACGCCCGCGAAGAGAUCCUGGCCAAGGCCGUCAACAAGGAGAUCGAGGCCGAGUCCUUCGGCAAAGCUGCCAAGUACACCCGCUCAGGCGCGUUCCAGGGCCUCGCGGCCGGCGCGGGCCUCGGCGUCCAACCGGGCGUGACACUGGGGAAGUUGACCGGCGCGCUGGUCGGCGGCGUAGUGUCUUCGGCGGGCGCGUUGCUAGGGGGUGGCGUAGGCUCGGCGUACGGUGCCAUCAGUGGGCCGUUCUGGGAUCUGGGCCAGAUGGCCAGUCACGGCGUCAGGAGUAUCGUGGGCGACUUUCCGAACUGGGAGGCCACGUCGAGCCAGAAGAAGGCGCUGGAGAAGAUGGUGUUGCAAGCCCAGCAGACCAAGGCGCCAACCCAGGAGGAACUGGAGGUUAUGCAGAGCGAUGACGGGGGGCGCGGUCAGGCGGAUUACCAGCAAUGGGUCAAGGAUCUGACCAGCUACAUUCCGAGUAUGCCGUCGAUGCCAAAAAUACCCUCUAUGCCUUCAAUGCCGUCAAUGCCGUCGAUCCCAGGACUAGGAGGAAAGUCCAAAGGGGACAACCCUUCUCCUCCUCCAGCUGGAACUAAGCCCAAGGCCGCGAAAGCAUCAAAUCAGGCCCAACAACCAAAACCCCCGACAAAGCCUCAGGCGCCUUCCAAGCACCAAGCUGCUCCUCCUCCAAAACCACCUAGUCAGACGUCCAGGACACAAUCUCAACCAAGGGCAGAUGAAAAUGCGCCGAGGAAACCCCCCAAGAAGCUGGAGACCAGACCAACAGGAACCACGGCCCAGGCUGACCAGCCCCCGGCUCGAAGAAAGCCGCCCAAAUUGGAGACGCGAUCCAAGACGACCAAUGCAAAUGCAUGAAUUAGCAGCUCGGGCAGCGAGAAGAAGUCGACGUGAGCGCCGAGAACUGUGCCUUCACGAUAUCGCCCAGAAGCUUCGAGACGCGCCAUUUCACCAUCACCGCUGCGGCACCGAAUCCUCCGAAAAGUCAUGGCAGGGGCAACAAAUUGAAUAACGGGGUCGGUAAUGCGCAUAACAAAGCCAGCGACCAUCAGACCAACAAGUCCUACGGAUCGCGGAAACGUCGACGACUUUGUGACGAUGACGCCGAUGAUUCAUGAUUAGGCUCAAGACGAUUUUGAGCGGCCGGUCUAACUGGGCCUCGUGAGUGCGUACAGUUUCGCCCUUUUGGGGCGUCCGGCAUCGAGAUUGGAUCAGAUCUUUGAUGUGCGAUGGUGCUUUCACAUAUUAUGAACAUGGGCUCAAACCUUCCAAGGGUUUGUUCAUUCCGAGUCGAGAAGUCACUUGUUGUUCGACCACUAGUGGUAGAGCCCCCUGGCAGCCUCAAGUUAGAUACCUACGAGUA